AUGAGCGUAAAUAACCGCAAGGGCCCCAUCGUGGACCCGGGCUUGUGUAGAUGCUGUGGUGCAAUCAAAAAGUGUCGAUUACUGAACGUCGAAUACGAAUGGUCCGGACAGCGAGAAGUUUAUGCCGAUAUGUUCGUCGAUUGCUUCGGACUAGUGUUAUCUCACUUGGAAGGCGAGGAGUCGGAGCGUCUGAUCUGUGCUACGUGUGUAGUGCGGCUGAGAGACGCGCGCGCCUUCAGACAACAGGUGCUGUUGUGUGAAGAGAAACUGCUCAGUGCCAGUGUGCAGAUACAUGAUGAUGAUGAAGAUAAAAUGAAAAUGGAUGUGGAAGUGAAACAAGAGCUGGAUAUGACCAGGGAUGAUGUAUCCAUGAACAAUGAUGAUCACCACGAUCCGAUAGAUGACAGCACUGAGCAACAGGAUAAAGAUAAGGAGCCUACGGUGACUUCUCUAAAUAUACAAGUUAAAAUAGAAGAUAUGCAUGAGGAGACAGUGAUGCCAAUGUCCCCGAUCCCGCUAGAGGGCGCCGCUGAUGAACAGGCCAAAACUGAUAUGUUGGACGAGCUUAAUAGUAUGAAGAAAAAACUUGAUCAGCUGCAACAAAGCGAGCCCCACCCAACAUACCAGGUAUACAGACAACCGUCAACCGUCGACAAAGACCUCCACAUGUUACGGAAUAUUGUCAAAAUCGUAGAAAAUUCCUACGCAUGUCCCUUCCUUACAGUUUUCAGCGACUACCAUUGUGUCUACUGCAAAGAAAUGUUCGUCGAUCCCACUGAAUUAAGGAAACAUACGCUAACACACGACCCCAAAACAUACAGGAAUGUAAUCGACAAUAAAAAGCUAAUACAAGUCGAUAUCGCCAGAAUCGACUGCAGACUCUGCGAUGAAAAGAUCGAUAACAUCGAUAGUUUUAAAGACCACAUCACUAGUGUGCACGAAAAAAAACUAUACAAAGACGUCUCGAAUGAAUUCAUGCCUUUCAAGCUUAAGAUUGGCACUCUAACUUGCGUCGUUUGCGGUAAAAAUUUCGGUUUUUUUCACGCAUUAAAAAAACAUAUGGCUGUUCAUUAUGGUACUUAUAUCUGCGAUGUUUGCGGCGCCCACUACUUUGAGGAACGACAUUUGGUUUUUCAUAAAAAUACUCACAAUAAAAGGGAUGUCAAGAUGUUCCAUUGUAACGAAUGUGACAAGACGUUCCGGUCGAAGUAUUCCAGGAAUUUCCAUGUCGCUAGAAUACAUAAGAAUGAGCCAGCAUACCCUUGCAAUAAGUGCGAUGAAGUGUUUAUAUCCUACCAUAUGCGAUACAGGCAUAAGAUGAACGUACAUGGCGAAAAAAGGCAAUUCCCAUGCGACGGUUGCGAUAAAAUCUUCGAUAGUCGAAAAACCCUUAGGGAACAUAACCAAAGAACCCAUUUACAGUUAUUACGACAUCAAUGCAAUUUAUGUGACAAAAAAUUUUACCUCCCUUCGGCUUUGAGAGACCACAUGACGUCACACACGGGGGAAAGGAAUUUUCGAUGCGAAUUUUGCGGGAAAAACUACCCUAGGUCUAAAGCUUUAAAGGUGCAUUUGCAAUCUCAUAGUGCUGAAAAGAAAUAUAAGUGUUGUUUAUGUCCCUCUGCGUAUACGCAGGUAACGAAUUAUAGGAAUCAUAUGAGAACGAAACACCCUGGUAAUGAUUAUGAUUGA